GAAUUGAUGAUGUACGUCAGAAGGUUCCUUUAAAUGUGGGUCGAAAUCCAACUUUUCUGAGUGAUUUGUUACGGAAUGACACACAUCACUGAGAAAUUGUUUAACGUUUUUUUUCUUCCUUUUAGUGAGAUAACGGAACGUUUCUGGAUCUCAUCACUUGAAGACUCUCUGCGCAAGGAGUCUGACGCACGUGUGCAGAGAACGAUACAUAUUGUAAAACGAGAUUCAAGAGAGGAUUUUAUGCAAAAUCACUUGACAUGUCUUAAGGAGAAUGGAACUGGCACAUUUGUAGCUAUCAAAAAAGAGGGGAAAAUCACUUUCAGUGGCGAUGUGAAAGGUCCAAUAAACCAAAAGGUAAAUCCUCAGGAGCACCUUCAAUAACUCGUGCCAAUAGAUGUGGAGCGUACGUUUCUUUUACAUUUGUGAGCAACAAUUCUACACAUGGGCGCAACUCAGUAUGGUUUUGCAUUUUAUGCUGUGCUAGUGAAGAGCAACCAAGGCCGAGGAAUACCUGUAGCAUUUUUUAUUGUGAGUGAGGAAUCCAGUGACAUCUUGUCACUGUGUCUGAAAAAAGUUCAGGAAGCUGUUGGAGAGUUUCAGCCAAGAUGUGUCAUGGUAGAUAGGGACAUGAAAGAAAUCAAUGCAGUACACACAGUGUUUCCUCAUGCAAAGGUGUUGCUGUGCUGGUUCCAUGUACUUCAGGCGGUACACAGAUGGAUUGUCUGACGUGAUGGAGGAUGCAGUCAGAAUCUUUCUGCAAAAAAUGAAGUGAUUAGGUCUACGAUUGCCUUAAAACAAUGCAGUACAGCUGCCGAGUUUGAAAAGAUGUCAAAGGACGUGAUUGUCAAAAUAGACAGAGAAACUGGCAGUUCAGUAAUUUCACAGUAUCUACAGGACCAUUGGUUUCGAAAUGCAGACAUGUGGGCCAAUUUUGGACAGAGAGUUUACCACCAAGACAGUGAAACGAACAACCUUGUUGAGAGGUAUCUGGAAGGUCUUCAUGGUGCUCAGAGGAUUUCUGAUUCCAAAACACAGGAUACUGCAGAAUCUGCAUUACGUAUGAAGAACAAAGGCCUUCAAAAUAAUUUUGUUUACAAAUCAGGUGGCUAUUGCACAGUGCCUUCAGAAGCAGAUAAAGCAAAAUGUUAUGCUGUGGAUUUAAUUAGCAUGAAAUGUGAAUGCGCCGUUUCUGAAAGGGGUAAUUUGUGCAAGCAUAUUGAGUUUGCAAAAAUGAUGUGCAAAGAACAGGGGAUUGAUAUUGAUGGAAUUCGACAAGAAUUAGCCAUUUCUCUAACUGAACAGCAUUGCUAUGAGUGGGAUGGAAAACAUUUAAUUGUACAUUGUGCUGGUAGUUUUGGAGUAGUACAUGUGCAAAACCAACAGUGUACCUGUCUUGCCAAUAGUCUUGGAGAAAUAUGUGUCUGUCUAAGACUUUCUGAGUUAAUUGGUACACAGAACCCUAACCAAGAGGUAACUGACUGCUUUGUGAAUACCAUAGCAAAUUGUCAAUCACACAAUAAACAGCUGUGUGUAAAGAAGAUGAUUUCAGACUUAAAGGAGUGGUGUGACAGCAGUGAUUAUAAGGAAUCUCCAGAGUUGAAUGCUGCAGUAAGACGUGCACACAAACUAGCAUUUGGACAGUAUAGCAUGGUCAGCAAUACAAUAAAAAUUAUAAGGCUACAUGCUUACAGAAAACGCAUUGAAAGAGCAAGAAGCCAUGCUAUAGACAUGCAUUCAUAUCAGCUCAAAGAACCCCUUAAUCGAGCUUUAUAUACCCAUAGACCUGAUUCCAAAUUCAAAGUCUGUUCCUUUAGAAAAAGAAUAAUUGGUAGCAGAGCAAAGAAUCAGAUACUAAAAUCGAGCUGAACGUGUGCUGUUAUGAGCCCGUGCCUUUAUUUUUGAAUUACAGAAUGCACACAAAACUGGACAAAGUAUAGAGGUUAAUUACAACUGUUAAGGACCUCAAAGGUCUCUUCAAGUAAAGUGAAAUAGCUAUUUAUAUUUAUAGUGGCAGCAUGUUAUCAAAAAUAAAAUAUAUGUUGCAUAGUUCUAAUUGCUGAUGAUUGUAUUCUGGCCAAGUUGGUCGAUAUUUGAUAUGGUAUGUCUCCCUUUUCUCUCUUAAUCAGAUUACUUAAAUACAACUUAAAUAUGCAUUAUUGUAACACUUUGUAAAUAGAAGUUGUAAAAAUAUGAUUUAUAGUAAAUAGAAAGUGCAAUCUUUAAGUAGCGAGUAGUGUAAAAGCAAAUUGUUAACAUAAAAAUCUAAGCCUGAACUGAAUUUCUUUCAAAGGGGGAACAUGUCAGGGGGUCAUUAGAGCUGAGAAGUGGGGAGGAGGGUUCUUCUGUACAGCACUUUUUUCCACAAUUGGGUCCAGUACUUUGUAUUGCUCUGUAUGUCUGCUGAAGCAUGUAUGUGCAGUUUUACAUUUUAAUACUGCUAAUAUUUAAAUCAUAAACAAAUAAAACAAGAAA